CGAUGGCUACAGAUAUGUUAUACGCCAAAACGCAGCGUAUUGUGCUACUCAUUGAUCUCGACCCGGUUCUUCACCUUCCCGACCCGAACCCGUACCUCUCCGUCGUCUUCUCCGCCGCCGAGAAGCUCCUCUCUCUCCCUCGUCUCUCUUCAUCUCUCUUCUCCUUCAAGCUCUUCUUUUCCUCUCUUUCUCCUCUUCUAUCUUCCUCCAAGCUCUCUUCUCUCUCUCUCGCCUCUUCUCUCUCCUUCGACCUCCCUACCCCUACACUCCCCUCUCUCUCACGCGCCUUCGGCGCCCUCAAACGAUCCAACCUCUGUUCUUCUUCCUCUUCCGCGUCGACGUCUCGUGGGGCUUAUGUCGCGGCAUCGAUGCGUCAGAUCGUGUACGAUUACAAUUGGGAGCUGGUGGUUCGAGAUCCGGUGAUAGGUACGGUCCUAGGGCUUGCUGAUGAUGGGUUUGAUUUCGUCAAGUCGAAUUUGGUCGUGCUUUUUUCACCACUGUCUAGGGAUAUGAAAUGGGUUUCUGAGUUCUUGGAUGUCGGUAUCGAGGAGGAGUGUCUGAGCGAUUUGAAUUCGUUUAAAUCGAAGUUAGGAGGGAUUUUCAACACUGUGAAUGACUUGUUCGUUGGUAGAGAUAUUCACUUAACCUGGGUUGACGUGAAGUGUGAAGUUGAUUCAGUUGAGAGAAGCAACUCUGGAUUGAAAUUAGGGUUUUUAGAGAGCGGGAUUAAGGAAUUGGGUUGGGGAUUUUGUUCUACGGAUUCAAUUGUUCUUUGUUCCUCCGCCAUUCCCUUUGGAUUGAUUUAUCCAGCAAUUGGUGUUUCUCCCAAGGUAUUCAGUUUUGGUGAAUACUGCAGAAAAUUUCGCGUACAGAAGACCAGUCUCGAGAUCAUAGAUGUUAAUGGUAAACCUCUUGAAUGCAAGUGUAGUGAGCUAGAACUAGUUUACUUGAAAACAUCUCAUAGGAAUAGGUCUGAGGAGUUCAUCAGCAAGGCUAACGGACCCAAGGAGUCACUUCAAGCCUCCUUUGUUGAGCAAUUUGGUGAUGGAAUCACCGAAAUUAAUGUCAAAGCAAUGAGGAUCUGUGAUGAUCUUAUGGAACUGGAUAAGUAUACACGUGGUACCUUUGUUGUUCGUGAAGUCCUUGGAGAAUCUGGCCAAGAUCAGGAGGAGAGUGAGUUUUGGGCAGAUCGGGUUCUUCAAAUACUAGCGAGGGAGACCGAUGGGAGAGUAAUAAAAAGACCGUUACCCAUUUGGCAGAUCUUACUAAGUUUUAUCUACAGAGAAGGUUAUUCAGUUUUGGUUUCACUUUCAGACUGCAAUGGCUGUUCAUGGAUGGGAAUCCUCAAGCCCUUCACCUUUUCUUCAGCUUUCAUCUCUGUUUUGGACAAUGGUGUCUCUCCCAUGACUUUAGAGCAGACAACAUGCAGGACAAAAGUCUAUCCUAGCGAACACAAGAGAAAAUCGGACAAAGGUGUUCUGAAUUUACAGGACAUUACUUGGGCUGAGUUCUGUAGGUCAGUGAACAAUUACCCUGACCUUGAGCUGGAAGAUGCUUACUUUUCUAAGUUCAGCAACUCAAAGAAGUUGAAGUUUCUGAAAUGCUGGGUAAAACAGAUUAAGAAAGUUAGUGGUUGUAGCUUGUCUGUAUCUAGCAGUUGCAAGCCAUGCGGAGAGGUAGAAGCAGAUACAAAUGAAGUUGACAACUUGUCUGAAGAGACAGAAAAUUCGGUCCAUUCAUCUGCUUCCAAGGAGGACAUUGCUUCGACCGGACAUUCCAAUUCCCAGACAGCAGAAAAUGAAAGAUCUAAUUUUGCGUCAGAGUCAUCAGAGAGUUUCUUUGGCGGUCUCCCCAAUAAAAUCAAGCAAGGGAUCGAGUCCGAGGAAGUAGACUUGGCCGCUUUGGCAGAGCGAAUUGUCAACUCUUGUAUCUUCUACUUCUCUCGGAGAUGUGAAAAGGAAGAUAACUGCGAAAAUGGAGCUCCCGUGAUGGAAUCCAUGGAAACUGCUUAUGCUACUACAGUCACUGAGGAGCUAACAAAGCUGCUACUGAAAGAGCCGAAGGAUUUAGUCCCCAAACACAAGAAGAAGGAAUCAUCUCCUGACGCAUGUGAACCCAGUUCAGCUGAAACUGCACCAAAAAGCAUUGUUAGAGAAUAUGAGCUGCAGAUUUUUUUCAGAAUGGAGAUCCUAAGAUCAGAGAUAGGUUUGGGAACUGAAGAGUCUAUGAAGCAGAAGUUUGUAAAACAUGUUUGCUUGCUUCUAGAGGCCAUACAGUGCAAACUAGAUGGCGGAUUCUUUGGAGAUUGGAGCCUUGAUAAGUACGUGGACAAGACAAUAAAAGCCAGAUAUCAUCACAUUCUUGGAGAAGUCGUUAAAAACAUUUACACGAAAAUGGAUUUGCUUCUGUUCACCGACGAGGAGCCUCCAGACAGCUUCCUGAACAGCGAGGAAAGCGGCCAAUCGGGUAAAGAAAACAAGCAUGCGGGUGAGAAGACCCACUCGCGGGAAAACACAGCGGAGUGCAGAGAAGCGAGACGGAGAGACGAGGAAGCUAGGAAAUUACUCGGUGUCCGAGAACGGAGGGAGAGAGCUCGGAGAUUCGCCUCGUUCACAAGCUGGAUGCCUGAUCUUCAGAGAGUUUGGGCACCGAAGCAGGCAAAGACAUCGAAAGCGAGAUCGGAACAGAAGCAAAGAGUCUCGAAAAGGAAGAACGGAGACGAAAGAUGGACGGGCUGUGACAGGGUAUGCGAGACACCGGUGACAGGGAGCAAACGGUCUUACUACAACAGAACAAACGACUCCGUUGAGAAAGAGAUCGGAGCUCCGCCUUCUAGUUCUGUUCCAAAGGCUUUGUUUCAGGAUGAACCUUGAAAAUACAUUCCCCCUUUCGACCAUUCGUUACUCCCAAGAAAGCUGCCUACACGAAAUGCGAUCUCAGUUGUGUAUCUGAUUGAUCGAAUAAGAGUUUCUAUUUGCAUAUCAUCA